GAAUUGGACAUGUCCACAGAUGUAUGGGUGGGAAGCUGGCGACCCCACCGUCCCCGGGGACCUAUCGCUGCCCUCUACAGCAGCCCGGGGCCCAAAUACGGGCUCCCAACGAAUGUCGGCUAUCCACAACAUGACCCUUCUCGGUACCGUGCACCCGCGUACAGCUUUGGCACCCGCCGGUUCCAGGAGCAAGAGAGCUGCUCUCCCGGUCCGGGCUACCUGGUCCCACCCAACAUGACCAUGAGGGGCCGGGACGGGAUUCCUGCGUACUCCAUCUACGGACGCCCCCGGGACAUUACGCCUUUUAUGACUCCCGGGCCAGGUCGCUAUUCCCCAGAGAAGGCCGGGAGGUGGGCCUACCCCUCCGCCCCCAACUACUCACUUGCUUCGCGGACGAAGGACUUUGAGAAUGACCAGACGCCAGGGCCUGCAGCCUAUGGGCUCCCUCCCAUGCUUGGGCCCAGGGUGGUCAACAAGAACUCAGCCCCCAAUUAUUCAAUUUUUGGACGCAGCACAAUCGGCAGCUUCUACGAGGACCUCAGCAAGACUCCUGGACCCUGCAACUACCGCCUGGUGGACCCCAGCAUCUACAAGUACCGCCAGCCUCAGUUCAGCAUGCUGGCUCGCAACAUGCCCCCCGGGGACAACACGGUGAAACCGGGCCCAGGAGCGUACAGUCCUGAGAAGUACGCCCAGAAUCGUGGUUUGACCUUCGGGAUCCGCCACUCGGACUACGUAGCUCCUCUCAUCGUGGAUGUGGUGGAAUAAGCCGGCCCAAUUGGCUGGGACGGGUUGGGCAAGAAAUGUUCAUUUGGAAACACUCACAUCUCUCCACGCUUUGUGUGGUUGUUGCUGGCGGGGCUGGGGAGGGUUGGCAGCAUCGAAGGCUUGGGAGGCUCCUCCCAGCCGGGGGC